CACAAACCUAGACCCGCAUCCGGUUCACACGUUUGGCACCCCCCAAUUCGCGCGUGGCGCCUCCACGCGGGAGGGAGAUUCUGUUGAGUUCGGAAGAAGGAACGGCUGCAGAACGAGAAAGGGUUAGCGGCCCCCGGGAUCUCGGCGAAAGGAUUUAGCUUGCCCUGUUUUCCAAGAUGUUUUCAACAGUUGCCCUCGGUGCGGUGCUCCUCCUGGGAGUUCUCCCCUCCCUGGCCAGGGAAUCUCACGGCCACAUCUCUGUGGUCCUCUUGGGCGCCACGGGAGACCUGGCCAAGAAGUACCUGUGGCAGGGCCUGUUCCAGCUUUACCUGGACGAGGUGAGUAACGGGCACACCUUCACCUUCCACGGGGCCGCCCAGGCGGAGCCGGAAGCUGGACGGAAGCUGAUGUUUGGCCGGCUGAAGAAACUGACGUGCCCGCCGGACGUCCCGCCAAACCGCUGCGCCAUCUUGAAAGACCAGUUCCUCAAACUGACGGAGUAUCGCAAGCUCAAAACGGCAGAGGACUAUGCCACCCUGAGCCAGGAGAUUACGACCACGCUUGGCCAGGAGGACCUUAAAGAAGCCGGACGGAUCUUCUACUUUUCCGUCCCGCCGUUCGCCUACGCGGAUAUUGCCCGCCACAUCAACAGCAGCUGCAGGCCAGUGGCCGGGGCCUGGCUGCGAGUGAUUCUGGAGAAACCGUUCGGACACGACCUCAGGUCCGCCCAACAGCUGGCCGAGGAGCUGAGGACCUUUUUCCGGGAGGAGGAGAUGUACCGAGUGGACCACUACCUUGGCAAGCAGGCUGUGGCACACAUCCUACCCUUCCGAGACCAGAACCGGCGACUUUUGGACCCCGUCUGGAACCGGCGCCACGUGGAACGGGUGGAAAUCGUCUUGAAGGAGACGGUGGACGUGAAAAACCGCACCGGGUUCUACGAGGAAUACGGAGUCCUCCGUGACAUCCACCAGAACCACCUCACUGAGGUCUUGAUGUUCCUCGCCAUGGAGCUGCCGGCGAACAUCAGCGACUCCGAAGCCGUCCUCCGAAGCAAGCUGCAGGCUUUCGCCACCCUGCAGGGCCUGGAGAGGAGCAGCGCCGUGAUUGGCCAGUACGAAGGGUACAACGCCCACGUGAGGGAGGAGCUUCAGAAGGAACCGAACUAUUUCAGCCGGACCCCGACUUUUGCAGGUGUGUUAGUUCAUCUGGACAGCCUCCGCUGGGAAGGGGUCCCCUUCAUCCUCACCUCCGGCAAAGUCCUUGACGAACGGGUUGGCUACGUCCGCGUCUUGUUCAAGAACCAAGCUCAUUGCACCCAGAACGAAAUGACAUGGGAUGCCGCGCGUAGCCAGUGCAAGCCCAGGCAGCUUGUCUUCUACGUCGGCCAUGGGGAGUUGAAUUCCCCCGCGGUCCUCGUGAGCCGCAACUUGUUCAAGCCCACCAUGCCGGAAAGCAGCUGGAAGGAAGUCCUGGACCGUCCACAGCUGCGUCUAUUUGGGCAGCCUCUCUCGGAUUACUACGUCUAUGCCCCCGUGGUGGAGAGGGACGCCUAUUCCAUCCUGAUCUCCAGGAUUUACCACGGCAAGAAGGACUCUUUCAUCACUACGGAGAAUCUGCUGGCGUCUUGGGGGUUCUGGAGCCCUUUGCUGGACAGCUUAGCGAGUGAGGUGCCCCGUUUGUAUCCCGGGGGUCGAGGAAACGAACACCUCCUCGACUUUGAGAUAGCGGGCAGAGAGGUGUCCUUCGUGGUGAAAGAGACCGUCAAGCUGAUGGACGCCAGGGACGAGCAAAUGCCGGAUCAAUACAAGACCGUCCAGUCCAAAUUCCGGCAAAGCCAACUGAUUACCAGUUGGUCAGAGGAGCUAAUCACCCGGCUGGCAUCGGACAUCGAAGCAUCAGCCGUGAGUGCUGUUGCGAGGUCCGGGGAGUUCCACGUGGCCUUUUCGGGCGGGUCAAGCCCCCUGGCUCUGUUCCGGCAGCUAGCCCUGCACCACUACGACUUCCCCUGGAGGGAGACCCACGUGUGGUUGGUGGAUGAGCGCUGUGUCCCCCUCACCGACCCGGAGUCCAAUUUUGGCAACCUGUACGAGCAUCUUCUCCGGCACGUCCGGGUCCCUUUCUUCAACGUCCACCCCAUGCCUGUCCACCUCAACCGGAGGUUGUGCGUGGAGGAGGACAAGGGUCCGGAGCUGUACGCCAACGAGAUUGCCGCCCUGGUGGCCAACGCCAGCUUCGACCUUGUGCUCCUGGGGCUGGGCAGCGACGGGCACACGGCGUCCCUCUUUCCGCACUCCCCCGCCGGCCUCGAGGGGACCCGGGACGUGGUGUUCGCCGAGAGCCCCGUCAAACCUCACCAGCGCAUGACCCUCGCUUUGCCGCUCAUCAACAAAGCCAAGCAGAUCGCUGUGCUGGUGAUGGGGAAGGGGAAACACGACAUCGUGACAGUGGUUAGUAGGGCGGGGCACGAACCCCAGAAAUGGCCGAUUUCGGGGGUCAACCCCAGCUCCGGCCAGAUAGCGUGGUACGUGGACUACGAAGCUUUAAUGGGAUGAUCCGUGGGGCUCGGCGGCUGCUCUUCCUCAUCCGCCCGCCUCCGCAGUCCGUGAUUGAGAAUUCGUCAAUCUUGGUGCACAAAAACGCACUGAAUGUUGUGACGUGUGUUUGUGUGCGUGCGUGUGUGUGUGUGUUUUCUUUCUGGACCAGACCAAAGUCUGUCUUUUCCAGGGAUAGGUGACCCUGUGCCUCCCAGAAGUUUUGGACCACAGCUCCCAAAAUCCCGAACCAUUGGCCAUGCUGGCAAGGUCUUAUGGGAGUUGUAGUCCAAAACAUCUGUAGUCUAACAUUCUACUUCUAACUGCAACCAGCCUGAUCUCCCUGCCAUCUUGGAAACGUGCAAAAAGGGCCUGAAGGUGAUGGCCCCUUGUUUGUCCUUAACACGUCCUUUAGGGGUACACUGCCUGCACACUUGGAGGUAUAUUCCAAGGGCUAACGGCCCUUGAUCGACCAUGGAUUCCUACACUGAGCAGGGAGUUGGACUCAAUGGCCUUAUAUAGGCCCCUUCCAAUUCUACUAUUCUGUGAUCCCCAUGGAUAACCACAUGGAUUUGCUUAACCUCCCCUGCCCUUUCUGUGAAGCCAUCUAAGCUGGUGGCUGUUGCCACAUCUUGUGGCUGAGAGUUCCGUGGGUCAACAACUGGGAGGUUGCGAGUGUGGAAUUUGCAUGGCAAGAGACGUUUCUCAGCUCCUCCUUCGGCUGUGCUCGGGUUAUUUCACCACUCUGUGCCUUGUUUUCCCCUCCACUCUAAGGGAGGAGAAAGAAGUUAUAAAAUGACCUAUUUAGACCUUUCCCCACUGGAGGUAGUACCCAGUGUUAGAGUAGACCCAUUGGAAUGAAUGCCACAAGUUAGUCCAGACAAACUGAAGAUCUAUUUAUUUCAGUGGGUCUGCUCCAAGUAGG